CCGCUUCCGGGGCGUCGCCCGUUCUCGCCCACGUGGUGCCGCGGCGUCCGCAGCAGUUCCGGCCAUGGGCGAGCCGUCCGCGGAGGUGCAGGCGUUCCUGCUUCAGCACCCGAGUCUGCGGCUGCUGCCCGGCGCCGACAGGGUGCGCUGCGCCCUAACGGGCCACGAGCUGCCCUGCCGCCUGCCGGAGCUGCAGGUCUACACCCGCGGCAAGAAGUACCAGCGGCUGGCAAGUGCCCCCGCGGCCUUCGACUACGCCGAGUUCGAGCCGCACGUCGUGCCCAGCAGCAAGCACCCGCACCAGUUGUUCUGCAAACUCACCCUGCGUCACAUCAACAAGUCCCCUGCACACGUGCUGAGGCAUACCCAAGGACGGAGGUACCAGAGAGCCCUGAAGAGAUAUGAGGACUGUCAGAAGCAAGGUGUGGAAUAUGUUCCUGCCUGCCUGCUGCACAAGAAGAGGAUGGUGGAAAGCCAGGUGGAUGGGAACCAGCCACCGGGCCUGAGAGAAGCCUUCUGGGAGCCUUUGUCCAGUGAUGAAGGUGGAGCACUGAGUGAUGACAGCAUGACAGACCUAUAUCCAACGGAGCUCUUCACCAGAAAGGACCCAGCAGGGCCCGAGGACCUGGGCGGUACUGAUUCCUUUCUGACAGACCAAGAGGAUGAGGAGCAGAAGCCCCAAGGAGCAAAGGGCAAUGGGGAUAAGAAAGAAGCUACAGUGGAUUUCAAGUGUGUCUGUAAGCACAGAAAGAAGCAGCUGCACUCACUGACCAAGAAGCUCAAGAACCAUCACCACAAGCCCAAGAGCUUUGGCUCUGUCAAGCAGUUGGGUUAAUAAAGCUGUGGGGAAAGCUUUCGGUGUCCUUGGAA